AUGGCCGACGGUAGAGAGAAACUCAUAAAUUUCGCGAAGCACUUCAACAGUCAAAUGUACAGUCGGACGAACAUACAAAACGCUACUGGACAGAAUAAAGCGUAGGCAGAUGGAUUCGACGAACCCCAGUUCAGUCGUCACAAGCAACCACCUCAACGUCGGGCAAAUUCGAUCGUCGUCUUACAGUUGCAACACCUCCGAUGACACCGUUACCUCGUCAAACGGCGAAGAAUCUAAGGUAUUUAACGGAAUUGACACGAAUACUUGCAAGGAGUGUUUGGACCCAGUUGAGGAGCUGGCAACAUUUGAUGACUUGUCUAAAAAACUGAGUGAUUCGACGUUAGUUGAAUCACACAGCGAUUGCGGAAAAGCAAACGAUCUUUCAUCCGUGGAAACAGAUUUUACCGCUUCUUCUAAUGUCGAUGACACGAAGCAACGUCGGUUGUAUAAGUUCUUGAAAACUGAUCCUAUUACUUCUAAUGUUGACACAAAACAACAUCAGUUAAGUCAGUCCUCGAAUUCUAUCGCUCCGUCGUGUGACGUUGACAGCUUGAACUCUCAAGUGACUAUGAUUAAUCGGACGGUCGACAUUCCGAAACUAAAGCAACAGAUGUUAAAGAUGAAUAUGAGAAGUGACGCUGAAUUAGAUUCUGAUGACUUCAGUUCUAGUAAAGAAAGUCUUAAUGAUGAUAAAAGUGACGAAAGUAAAAAGAACGAUAAAUUGGAUUGCAUGUGCAAAUCGAUGAAUGAUGAAGCAAAUGUGACCAAUAAGAUUACUAUAUCGAUGCCAGUCUUCGAUUGCAGUGUUGAAGUAUCUGAUGAGGAUGAUUGGGAUUAUUAUGCCGGACCCACUGAGGAUGGUUGGGGUUUUAAAUUCAGCACAACCUGAAUAAGCAACGCAAAUUACUGGACAAUAAAUUUGAAAGUUUAAAGUUA